AUGUGCCAACACACUAGAUAUCUAAAGAAACCGGAAGAGAAGUUGGGGGAAACUCUGGGCAAAGUGCAUAACGUCCUGAUUCCAGAUGUGGGAGGGUCGGAAUACCGCCAUAUCAAGGUAUUGGUGGACAUAGAUCUGAGAAAACAACUGGAACGAGGAACGCUUCUAGAAUACAAAGGGAAGGAGGUACGAGUCCUGUUUAAGUAUGAGAAUUUAGGGGAGUUUGGAUCUUGGUUGAGAGCAGGGUACUGGAAAAAGGAGGAGAAGGAAGUUUUGGACGAAACUAAGGAAGAGAGAAGUGAUGCUGGGAUUGACAGUCUGGGCUUGGGUGUGAGAGGAGAAAAAUCGAGAAGUAAUAGCAAACUGGGGAUAAAGAAUAGUAUGGGAAGUGAGGAGGGAAUUAUACGGGUAGAACGGGUAAGGAAGGGCAUAAAAUUAGGGGAAGAGGGAGAUAGUAGGUGGAUGAAUGGGGUUUCUCAGAGUCUUGAAACUAAUCAGAUAAGAGACCAUCAAGUCUCACAGGAGGUGGAAACAUCAAAAUCUGCAGCAAAAUAUGUAACAGGGAAAAGGGAGGUGGAAAAGCCAGCAAGGGUGGAAGCUGGAGUUUCUAAAUGGUCAGAAGUUGUUAAAAGAAACAUCAAUUCAGAGGUUAGAUUUUUUCUGGAGUCGGAGCCCAGUGGUGGUAAUAAGAUGGCAGGAGAAGGUCCUAGUAGAGGAAUAACUUCCGUGGAUUGCUUGGAAAAAGCCUUGGCAGCAGGGAAGGGUCUUAAAUCAUCAGAUGCUGGAGGGAGAAAUAGAAAGGGGCAAUGGAAAAAGAAAGCAAGACAGGUGAAAAAGGACAGUGGGGAGAAGAGGAAAGGUAAAGAAGUAGUUAUGGGGGAAUUAACUGGGAAGAGAAUUAGGGAGGGUAGUACAGUAUCAAGUCCCCAGAGAACUGAUGAUCAGAAAAGGAGAAAAGUGACCAAUAGUACAGUGGAGAUGUGUGGUGAUGGAGUAAAUGAUAUGGAUACAAUUAUGGGAGAUCAAGGAUUAGAGGCAAAGGCAAUAGGAGGAACUGAGGGGAAAAAGGGGAGAUGGGGAGUGAGAUGGUUCAUGGGUGGGGACUUUAGUGAUAUAAGGGAGGUGGGGGAGAAAAAAGGGGGGCGAAUGAGAAAUGCCAGCAGCUGUAUGGAAGAAGUAGAGAUUGAAGAGUUUGGGAAAGCAAAGGUGACACAUGUUGAUAGAUUGGCCUCUGAUCAUUGCCUGUUUUUCCUGGAUACGGAUCCUGGAUCACUAAAGAGAAAGUCUAGAUUCUACUUCGACAAGGGGUGGGUGGCGAAAAAUGAGAUCAAUGAAAUAGUGAAAAAAGCGUGGGAAACUGAGGUGGAAGGGUCUCCAAUGCACAAAUUGUCCCUUAAGAUUAAGAUAUGUAGGCUGGAGUUACUUAAAUGGAACGGACAGCAGGGUUUAAACUCCAGUAAGGAAAUUCAAAGAAUAAGCAAGGAGUUGGAAACCAUGAAAGAACAAGGGGUGGAGGUAAGGAGGGAGAGGGAUCUCAGCUCCCAGCUAAGGAAAGUAAACCAGUUAAUUGAUCCUAUAGCCAAAUCAUGGAGGAGGGAGAUGUUGAAUGAAAUUUUGAUUCCUUCUGAGGUUGAGCUAGUAAUGGAGAUCCCAUUAAGCAAACAUGGCAGUAAGGAUACGCAGCGGGUCUGGGAAUUAGCUCCUGUUAGAUGGGAUGGACUUAGGUUUAGAGGACAAAGGUUUGCAGAUUGGUGGGGGGCCUUAAUGAAAAUUGAAGAUGGGACAGAGAUAGAUGCCAGAAUUGAGAUUUCGGUUUAUCUCCUUUGGCAAAUCUGGAAAGCGAGAAAUAGCUGGCAGUAUGAAGAAACAAAAAUAGAAGCUUUUGAAGUGGUGAGAAGAGCUAUAGCUGAAUGGACUGAGUUCAAGCAAGUGCAAAAGGCAAGGCAGAGGGUGCAGAACAUUGGUAGAAGGGAGGAAAACAACAAGGAUGGGUGGCUCCAGAGCAAAGGAAAAUCAAAUUGA